CCCCCAGAAGGAGCUAGGGUCUGGGGGCACUGCUCAGCGGUGCUGGGGCUGGCGCGGCUUGAGCCGCCGCCGCACUGACAGCUCGGUCUGCGGACCAUGGAGACCGGUGCGGGCCCACAUCCGUUGCGCCUGUUCGUCUGCCUGAUGCCGCUCUGUCUGGCGUUGCUUUUGGGACCAGGGAGGCCCGGGAUCGCCGAGGAAGUCAUCCUCCUGGAUUCCAAAGCCUCCCAGGCUGAGUUGGGCUGGACUGCACUGCCAAGUAAUGGGUGGGAGGAGAUCAGCGGCGUGGACGAGCAUGACCGUCCGAUCCGCACAUACCAGGUGUGCAACGUGCUGGAGCCCAACCAGGACAACUGGUUGCAAACUGGCUGGAUCAGCCGUGGCCGCGGGCAGCGCAUCUUCGUGGAGCUGCAGUUCACACUGCGCGACUGCAGCAGCAUCCCGGGCGCCGCGGGCACCUGCAAGGAGACUUUCAACGUCUACUACCUGGAAACAGAGGCUGACCUGGGCCGCGGGCGUCCCCGCCCAGGUGGCAGCCGGCCCCGCAAGAUCGAUACAAUCGCUGCAGAUGAGAGCUUCACGCAGGGCGACCUGGGAGAGCGCAAGAUGAAGCUGAACACAGAGGUGCGCGAGAUCGGUCCGCUCAGCCGGCGGGGUUUCCACCUGGCCUUUCAGGACGUGGGCGCAUGCGUUGCGCUGGUCUCUGUGCGCGUCUACUACAAGCAGUGCCGCGCGACGGUGCGGGGCCUGGCGGCGUUCCCAGCCACCGCAGCUGAGAGUGCCUUCUCCACGCUGGUGGAGGUGACGGGAACGUGCGUGGCGCACUCAGAAGGGGAGCCCGGCAGCCCCCCGCGCAUGCACUGUGGCGCUGAUGGUGAAUGGCUGGUGCCCGUGGGCCGCUGCAGCUGCAGUGCGGGAUUCCAGGAACGUGGUGACAUCUGUGAAGGUAUUCAGCGGACGAGGGGGCGUGGCGUGGGGGCCCACCUGCGGCCCGGGGCGCGCUACACCGUGCGCGUGGCGGCGCUCAACGGCGUGUCGGGCCCGGCUGCCGCCGCGGGAGCCACCUACGCGCAGGUCACCGUGUCCACCGGGCCCGGGGCGCCCUGGGAGGAGGAUGAGAUCCGGAGGGACCGAGUGGAGCCCCAGAGUGUGUCCCUGUCGUGGCGGGAGCCUAUCCCUGCCGGAGCUCCCGGGGCUAACGGCACGGAGUACGAGAUCCGAUACUACGAGAAGGGUCAGAGUGAGCAGACUUACUCCACGGUGAAGACGGGGGCACCCGCGGUCACUGUCACCAACCUGAAGCCGGCUACCCGCUACGUCUUUCAGAUCCGGGCGGCUUCCCCGGGGCCCUCCUGGGAGACUCAGAGCUUCAAUCCCUCCAUUGAAGUGCAGACCCCAGGGGAGGCUGCCUCAGGGUCCAGGGACCACAGCCCUGCGGUCGUCGUCACGGUGGUGACCGUCUCAGCCCUCCUCGUCGUGGGCUCUGUGAUGAGCGUGCUGGCCAUGUGGAGGAGGCCCUGCCCCUAUGGCAAAGGAGGUCAGGAUGCCCACGACGAGGAGGAGCUGUACUUCCACUUCAAAGUCCCGACACGCCGCACGUUCUUAGACCCCCAGAGCUGUGGGGACCCGCUGCAGGCUGUUCAUCUGUUUGCCAAGGAGCUGGAUGCAAAAACCGUCACACUGGAGAGAAGCCUUGGAGCAGGGCGGUUCGGGGAGCUGUCCUUCGGCUGUCUGCAGCUCCCUGGCCGCCAGGAGCUCCCCGUGGCCGUGCACACGCUGAGGGACGGCUGCUCCGACUCUCAGAGGCUCAGCUUCCUGGCCGAGGCCCUCACCCUGGGCCAGUUCGACCAUGGCCACGUCGUGCGGCUGGAGGGUGUCGUCACCCGAGGAAGCACCUUGAUGAUCGUCACCGAGUACAUGAGCCAUGGGGCCCUCGACGGCUUCCUGAGGCGGCACGAAGGCCAGCUGGUGGCCGGGCAGCUGAUGGGGCUGCUGCCCGGGCUGGCGUCAGCCAUGAAGUACCUGUCGGAAAUGGGCUACGUUCACCGGGGCCUGGCGGCCCGCCGUGUGCUGGUCAGCAGUGGCCUUAUCUGCAAGAUCUCUGGCUUUGGACGGGGGCCCCGGGACCGAGCGGAGGCUGUCUACACCACCAUGAGUGGCCGGAGCCCAGCACUGUGGGCCGCCCCCGAGACGCUUCAGUUUGGACACUUCAGCUCUGCCAGUGAUGUGUGGAGCUUUGGUGUCGUCAUGUGGGAGGUGAUGGCCUUUGGGGAGCGGCCCUACUGGGACAUGUCUGGCCAAGACGUGAUCAAGGCAGUGGAGGAUGGCUUCCGGCUGCCACCCCCCAGGAACUGCCCCUCCCCCCUCCAUCGACUGAUGCUUGACUGCUGGCAGAAGGACCCAGGCGAGCGACCCAGGUUCUCCCAGAUCCACAGCAUCCUGAGCAAGAUGGCGCAGGACCCAGAACCCCCAAAGUGUGCCGCGACCACUUCUCCCAGGCCUCCCACCCCCCUGGCAGACCGUGCCUUCUCCACCUUUCCCUCCUUUGGCUCCGUGGGCGCAUGGCUGGAGGCCCUGGACCUGGGCCGCUACAAGGACAGCUUUGCUGCAGGUGGCUUUGGGAGCCUGGAGGCCGUGGCUGCCAUGGGCGCCCAGGACCUGGUGAGCCUGGGCAUCUCUUCGGCCGAACACCGGGAGGCCCUCCUCAGCGGGAUCAGUGCGCUGCGGGCGCGAGUGCUCCAGAUGCAAGGCCAGGGGGUGCAGGUGUGAGCGGCCCCAGCCCUGCCAAGGACCCUGGCCAGCUGCGCUCCACGGGUGUGGAAGUGAGCAUGCUCUCCCUACACUCAGGCCCAGAGCUUGUUCGGGACCGCGGUCCCCCCAUUCCUCCGCCUACCCUUCCCAUUUCCCCAGUCUGGACACCUUGGCUGCUGACUCCGUCCCCCGGGGCCAAAGGGUUUAAAUCCCUGGGGAGAACCCCUGAGAUUUGGUCCCAGAGACCAAGGUGGUCAGGGCGGGGAGGGGAAAUGUAGCUUUAAAUCACCUGGUUCAUGUUUUUCUGUCUUCCACACCCACUGGGGCCUGGGGCCUACCCCAGUGGGUGCCCCUUUGCCCCACAGACCCAUUGGCCGGUUGGCGGCACGGGCCCCUAGUGGGCUUCUGUGAGACCUGGCGAGGACCCCAACUGCCCGGCAGCCCAUCCUGAAGGGCCUGCGCUUGGGCUCGGCCCUGUCUGCACACUGGUCCUGAGGCUCAGGCAGCAGAGGUGGUGCUGAACUCAGGGGCUGGACCCCAAGGGCCCUAGACUCAGGAGCUGAUUUCUGCUUCCCCUGCCCUUGGGCUGACAGUUCAGGGUGAGGGUGAGGGUCCUGACUAGGCCAUCAAGGUCCUGGUGCUCCCCUGAGGCCCAUCGUGGCCUCCCCUUUGCAUUCCUUUUAUACAUUCACUGGUCGGACAUCUGCAGAGAGCAU